AUGUCAGGGCUGCGCUCACCCCGCGCUAAAAGCAAGCGGCUGCACCGAGUGAUAGACCAGUCUGCAGGCGAGGCGCGUGACUGCACAGAGUCUGGACUGACUCCUCGGCUUCCUGCCGCGACGCGUCCGCCUGCCUCGGCAAUGGAAGAAACGGUUAUAAGGCACUGGGUGGAAACGCCGGUGCGCUACCAGGAGCAGUUUGGAGCGCGGGAGGCGGAGGCGCUCAAGCUGGAUCACGCUCUGUACGCCCUGCCGGGCCCUGCCACGGUGGGCAGCCGGUGUCGCGUGGCCCACAGCGCGGCCGGGAACGGGGACGGCGCCCGCGAGGAGCAGGCGYCGCGUUUCCAGGUGCUGCUGGACGUGGUGCAGUUCCGCCCCGAGGACAUCAUCAUCCAGACGUUCGAAGGCUGGCUCCUCGUCAAAGCRCAGCACGGGCCCAGGAUGGACGAGCACGGCUUCGUGUCCAGGAGCUUCACCCGGCAGUACAAGUUACCCCACGGGGUGGAGAACAAGGAUUUGACGGCGCUUUUCUGCCACGAUGGCAUUUUGGUUGUGGAAACGAAGAGCUUGGGGGGAACAAAUUGA